AUGCCGUUGGAGAGCCAGAGUGGUUCGUCUCGGAUGACUACACAGCCAGACAAACCAGCUGUGGCAUCAUACACUCCAGAAGAACAGGUAUUUCAUCGUCUGUUUCCUCAAGUACCCUUGUCGGAAAAGUUGGUAGAAUCUCGUCAAUGUGCCUUUAUGAGCAAAAAGAAAAAAUUUGCUCGUAUGGGGACACUGUAUGCGUCGUCCCUACGAAUCUGCUUUAGUUCCUCCUUUCUCAAAGAGCCUGUGAUGGUGCGAUGGGAAGACGUCGCAUCCGUUGAAAAGGGAACAAGUUUUCUCUUUGAGGCGAUUGUUAUGAAACUGAAAAAUGGCGAGGAAUUCAUUUUUUCUGGUUUUUUGUCCGGGGGAGCUGCGCAGACAUUCAAACUUCUCAAGACACUCUGGACUGUUCGUGCAAGGUACGCUUUUUCGGACGCAUUGGUUUCGACCUCAACUGGUGUUUCCCCCUUGGCCCCCGAUGCUGCUUCGGUUCACUCCUCUGAUGUGUCAUCAGGUGUUUGUGAGGAUCUUGAUGAGAAACAGGAAGGUGACCUUUCAAGAAGUUCCUCAGCUUCCUCCCUGAAGCCUGCUCCGGCAGAAGGCAUUUCGUGCAACCCCCUUUCAGAGGAUAUGACAGGUGAUUCUGACACAAUAGGACGUAUCGAUUGGAAGCCAGACAUAGAGGAGAAGGUUCGCAACCAUGUGAAUACACCAAAGCUUCUUUCAGUUCAGGAUCCUGCCUCUGAUAAGUUUGAGUGGCUGCAAUACUUUCCCAAUAUUCCCAAGAGUGAACUACUGGUUGACUAUUUUCAGUGUAGUUAUGUGAGUGGGGUGCAUCGAUUGGGAAAGUUGUACAUAACGACGAACUACGUACUGUUUUCAUCGGUUAUGAUGGGGGAAGGAUUGCAAAUCAGUUUUAAGGAUGUUAGGAGUAUCGAAAAGGAGCAAACCAUGAUGAUACUUGAUGGUAUAGGUAUAAAACUGAAUAACGGUAAUAUAUACAGCUUCACAAGCUUUGUUAGCCGUGAUGCCGCCUUCAAUAUUCUGACUCAUUUUUUCACCGUCAUGAAAACACUCAGCCCUCCCAUCCAGAGCCCGCUCCUGGCUAAUGAGAAGAACGAUGUGAAUACUGGGUUUGUAUCAAAGACGAGUGAAUCAGAUGUGACAAAGUUCCCUGUUGUCGAUUCGCUAAAUGAGUUUUCGAAAGUACUGACAGAUUAUGGAGCAGCCUUGAGUGACUAUACAUGCUUCAAAAGGGAGCUUAUGGAACCUAUUACCCUACCUGAAGGCAAAACGGUCGUUGAUGUGUUCAAGCUGUGCUUCGAUGAUGACAGUUCGUUGUUGGAGGAAUAUCACGCUGGUCGAAAAGACACCAAUCAAAAGUGGGAGCCAUGGCGGCCUGCUCUGGAAGGAAGUCCCCCUUUUUGUGGCCAAAGGCAAUUCACAUGCACAACGAUAGUAAAGGCUUUGGUGGCCAAGUCUUGCCCAUUCACCGAAUACCAGAGAUAUGCGUUCAUGAAUAUUAGUGGCAAUCAACCCACUCUAGUUGUACAAGUAUCGGGACAAGUUGAAGGUGUGAUGUUUACCGAUGCUUUUCGUGUAGAGGCACUGCUAGUCUUUUCACAAUCAGAUUCUGUUGUGACGAUGCGUGCCUUUGGUCAUGUCCAAUUCCUGCGGGAUGUAUGGGUGAAGGGUAAGAUUUUGCGUACCUCUCUAGACGUUGAGAUGCCCGAGUGCUAUAAGAGGCUUGGGGCAAUGUUGGCAGAGCGUCUUCAGUAUGGUGCUACCACUAUUUCCUCAGAAGCCGCAAACCAGAUGCAACCUGGCCCACCGCCAGUCAGUCUGGAUGCACCUCUGAGAUAUGAGCUGUGCUCAUCCGGCUUCAAGUGGAGGCCUGCUCUCUGUGGAGAAUUGGUGUUGGAGAGUAUUAGUGCAAUAUUCUGCAUGAAUGCAUUGUUUCACGCCUAUUUCUUUACUGUUCCUGCCCGUGUAAUUGGCGUUGGCAACCACGCAGGUAAAACUGACGAGGGGCCUGUGCCUGCCUCUUUUACUGGUUCUCUGGUGGUUGCGGAUGUGGUGGACUCUUUUGUUGUUGAGCUGGUUAGACCAUUUCUAAUCACUGCCUUGAUUGGGCUACUGUGCAUUGUCCUCUUUUCUCUGAGACGAACCUUGGGGCGCAUGCGCUAG